CAGGUGCUGGCGCUAAAAGCGUGGCAGGUGCGAGCAUCGGCGGCAAGGGCGUUGGUACUGGUAACGCCGGUAACACUGCUGCGCCCGCGUAUUUUAAUGACGAGUGGGACGUGCCAUUCCGCGCAAACGCAGUCGAGAUUGCCGCACAAGAUGACAAAAAUGAGUGCGCAUUUUUGUCGCACGAGCUGGGCACGCAGGGAAACGAGAUGGAGCGGGCACGGUCAAUCCUGCCCCAGCUUGUAGGCCAGCUGCAUCCGCAACCACAUUCGGUGCCAGUGGGCUGCCCUUGCAUAGCGAGCGGCUGCGGAAAAUGCGGCGUGAGGCGUCGUCUUCAGGCAAGCUGCACGAUGAGCUUGCUGUCAUCGAUGACUUCAACAAUCGCGCGCGGCAGCGCGUACAAGAAAUUGGCUCGGAGAGUGUGUUGACGCAGUUUGCGUGCCAGCACCUAUCCGUGGUCAUUCGGCAGCUGCUGGAUGAGAUUGAGGUGUCGGAGGACGCCGGGUGGGACCAGGUGGUGUUCGACCUAGCGAUGAACGCCGUGCAGAAGGUGCGUCCGAGCGUCAAGGCCGGGGACAACAUGGAUCUGCGCCGCUAUGUGCGCAUCAAGCGCAUCCCUGGGGGCACGCCCGCUGACAGCCAAUACGUCACCGGUAUUGUAUUCACAAAAAACCUGGCUCACCGCCGCAUGCCCCAGUACCUGGAUUCGCCGCAGAUCAUGCUUCUGACCAUGACCCUGGAGGUUAGCGCGCCAUCCAAGUACACGUCUUUUGAUGACGAGCUGCGCGUACAACAGGGGUUCACCGAAAAGCUUGUGCAGCGCAUCGCUGAUGCCGCUCCAGAUCUCGUACUGGCCGAGAAGACCGUGCCCAGACGCGUGCUCGAGGGCCUGAUGCGUCACCGUAUUGCUGUUGCCUAUGGUGUCAAACGCAGUGUAAUUAGGGCUGUGGCACGGUGCACUGGAGCAGAUAUUGUUACGUCAAUGGAUCGGUUCAGCGACUACCCAAAAACCGGCACUUGCUCGUCGCUAGCUGUGCAGACAUACGAGCACGAGUCGCUGGCUGGCUAUCGCAAGUCGUUUAUCUUCCUCGACGGGUGCAUUGAGGAGCUCGGCGGGACUAUUGUUUUGCGUGGCGAGUCGUUUGCCAAGCUCGGCGAGAUCAAACAGGUGGUCGAUUUGGUGGUGUGCCUGGCGUACAGCAUGUACCUUGAGGGAUUAUUGCUGGUCAAUGAGUUUGUGCUGGCAGCGCCUGGCAACUACGACGGCGCCUGGAACGAUCCGAACUCGACUUCUGUCGCUGCUGCAGCCGCUUCUCAGGAUGCUGAUAACCAGUCGCUGGCACUGCAAGCCCUGAGCGAGUACAAUAUUGCGCUGUCAUCGUCGUCCUGUGUGCGUAUACCACCACCACACGUCCUUGUGUGCAUGCGAGAGCGCGAGCUUGCUAUUAGAGCGGUCACUGAGCGGUUCAACAAGAUGUCAAAUGUUUUCCGGGAUCUAACUUCAAUUACUGGCGGCAACGGUAGCACCAGCAGCAACGACGGCGUUUCUGGCACGUUUGGCGUCUCUGGUGUUGCAUUCCUAGUGUCGCGGCAGCAGCAGAGCGCAGCCAGCCUCAGCCGCAUGAGGCAGCAGUACGAGAGCGAGGUUGCGCUGCACGAAAGCUACAUUCACGCCGGAAAGAUGUUCCUCGAGGCAAACCCGCAGGCAGUGAGCAUGUGGGACUACCAGAGCAUCGUGGUGACAUACAUGGUGACCUGCCGCAAGCAUGAGUACAUGUUAUGUCUUGGGCCGCAGUACCAUCCGAUCGCCUUUUAUAGCUUCACCGACGUCACUCUGGGCCAGUACCUUGAGGAAAUCUGCUUUGACCUUCGGUACAACUGCCCCAGCGGCAACCGCAGGUGCACACAUCCAAUGUACGAGCACCAGCGCAGCUACAUCCACAACCACGGCCGGAUUGACGUGACCGUAGACGAGCACCCGUGCCCGAUCGAGCGUCUGAGCGAGGUCAUCCUCAUGUGGAGCGAGUGCAAGCGCUGCAAGAAACAUUCGCCUGUAACCCGCAUGUCCGACGCUUCAUGGCGCUACUCGUUUGGAAAGUACUUGGAGACCACGUUCUACAAUGCCCCGCUGCUCCCCCGCGCCCUCCUAUGUCCCCACGACAUCCACAGGGAUCACGUGCGGUGCUUUGCGUUGCGCAACAUGAUUGUGCGCUUUGAGUAUUCGUCGUUUCCCAUAUGGAGCAUCGCCACGCCGACAACCCCGCUGUAUUUUAACAUGGACGUCAGCAUUCGCCUCAAAGAGCAAGAGGCUGCCGAGCUGCGGACCCGGAUGGACGCCUAUUACACUUCGCUGCUCAGCCGUCUGGACGCCUUCCCCCGUGAUCUGGUGUACGCCCACAAGGCCGAGGAAUGCCGACAUGUGCUGCAGGACCUGGCUGCGCGCGCUGCGACCGAGCAAGUGUACUUCCAGCAGACUCUAGAGCAGACAAUGCGCAACACGCAUCCGGCUGACACGCUCGUUGUCGUCGUGGUCUACGAAGCCUUGCAAGCAAAGGUUGUUGAGUGGAAUUUACAAUUCUCAGAGCUAGCGCAGACGUUCAUUCAGCUCGACGCGACCAACCGUGCGGCGAACCUCAAGCGCACAAGCACGGCCGAUGGCGCAGUAGUGACGAUUGAGCCCGCACAUCUCAAGGAGCACGAGAUUGAUUCUCUUCAAAUAAUUGACGAGCUGCACACGGCCGCCCACCACCACAAUAUGAUGCCGGCCGCGGACAUCCCAGCUGUUGCUACGUCGUUUGCAAUGCCGCAGCUGAGCUCAUCGCCAAGCUCGGAGAAUUUUGCCGACACUAUGACUUCGCUGAGCCGGUCGAGCAGCAUUGAGGAGCGUGAGUAUCCGCGCAUGUCGCGCUUGCACCGGCGCCUGUCUAUGGAGGCCAUGCGCAAGGAACGCAUUCGUCAAGAGCGCGCACAGGAGAAGCAACGCCGCAAUGCCGAGGCACUCGAGGCCCGUGGAAAGCACGCUCGCGCUGGUGGCGUCGGUGGACUCAAGACCAUUGCUCAGCAACAUCAAACUCAGCAACCGCAACAGCAACCGCAACAGGAACAGCCGCCGCAGCAACAGCAACAGCAGCAUCAGUAUCAGCAACUCCAUGCUCCGAAGCAGCCCGCUCAGCUGAAUAAAAUGGCUACUGACCAAGCGGCUCUGACAGGUGCUGCGGCAGGAAAAAAUAUUGGCAGAGCAUAUUCGACGACCCGGCUCAUUGGAGGCGUGGCGACUGAUGUUGACGAAGACGUGCGGUUGCCGCGACAGACCGAAUUCCCUGAGCUGCGCGGUCGCCGAGGCAAGUCCAAGAUGAAGUAUGCGGCGGAGUACGGCUCGAAGAUCACACAGCCGCUGUUUGACCUGCUGCACAGGGCACUGCCACCACAGUCACCCGGUGUGCCUCCCGUAGAGGCGGAGCCGUUAGACGAAGCAGACAUAGAUAUUGGCCAAACAGGAGCACAGGCACCGCCGCCGUCGCGCAUUCCUGGUAUUCGCACACUGCCCCAGUCGAGCGUACAGACUCAGUCCCAGUCUCAGUCUCAGGCUCAACAAGGGCGUGACGGUGCUGAGGGCGACAUCACUGUAGUGGCUGCAGCGAGUAACCGUCCACUGUCCAGCUUUGGCCGGCCGCCAGACACGCGCAACUCCAACAUACCGCGGCCACCAAAUAUCCGCGGAAUUGCCACAGCCCCCCUUCCACAACCCCGGCUCCCACAUCCGACGCAGGCACUAUUGCGGGCGACGAUGGCGGCGCGCGCAGCUCGUCCAAUGUGUUUUUGCGGUUGGCCAAGCGUCUGAACAACGCCCGGGGCCAGCAGACGAAUGCUUCGUCGGGCGCGAUUCUGGGCACGGUGCCGCGCAAGAUGAACUUGCUUCUGCCCGCUGCCGCCCAGUACAUGAGCCAGCACCCGCAUCGGCCGGCAA